ACAAGAUUCAACAACUAGAUCGAGAAAUUUUUCAUUAUUGAAUGCUUAAGAGGCAUUCAUUACUUUUUAAAAAUUCAAUCGCUCAGGUUGUGAUUUUCUCAAGAUGUCUGGCCAGGAGUCCCUUAGGAAUGCCAUGCGCGAUGCUUUGGAGGCAGACGGGACAAUAAGCCAUAUAAAGGCGGAGCUUCGAGCAGCUGUAUUUAGAAAACUUUCCGGGAAUACAGGGCUUGAUGUUGGUAGCAAGGAGGGUGACAUGGGCGCCAUACGACCCCCAGAUCCUCCAGAGAAUUUAAUCAUCAACGAGCUUAUAAAGGAGUAUCUCGUGUUUAACGGCCUUGAGCACACACUUGGUGUGUUUCAACUUGAGGCACAGGUGCCGGUUAGUCAGGUCCCGAGGAAGGUUUUGGCAGUGGAGCUUAAUCUUGGGAGCGCGCCGACGUCGAUACCGUUGCUGUAUUCUAUGCUUCAUGAGUUGCGUUUAUCGCACGAUAUGUCACAAUAAGCUUUUUCAGCUCUUCUUGUAAUAGUGGUUAUCAACCAACUCAAUGGUAAGGUUUGUGAAUAAAUCCCUUCAGUCAUUCCUGAUUCCUUAGGUAUUGCAAGGGGGAGGGAAAGUGCUCUAUUCUUUUGUACUAGUGUAUGUGGAAGGGGAGAAGUUUAGCUACUCGUUAUGUCGGAUGGAUAACCUUUGUUUACUUACAGCAGGUAGUAUGAGGAGUGUAUUGUCAUUUUUAUGUCUGUGCAUAGAUGCGACGCUUGAUUUGUGGAUUUCCCUUAAGAGCGUGUAUCACCGAUCUAUCCUUUUCUGUAUUCUUAUGCCCACUUUUGCCUUCCAUACAAUGUUGCCCCUAAUCAUGAUAGCUACAUGAUAGAGGGUUGUGGGUUCUAUACUUCUGACUCCUUUUCAUCCAGUUAAACCGUUGAAAACUUUUCUGGUGUGCAUCAGAAGGAAAAGAGGCUUCUUUUUUUUUGAGUUUGGUGGAUCUUUUUGAAAGGUUUAUGGUAGAGGCUCUCU